AUGUCCUCUUCUGUAGAGAAGACCUUUUCAGCCCAUCUCAUCUGUCCCAUUACACUGGAAUUGCCAUUUGAUCCGGUCCAUGCAGAAGAUGGCAAGUUGUACGAGCGCCAAGCCAUUCAGGAGUACAUUGCUCGACAGAGGCGCCGUUCCCUCAAAUCGCCCAUGACACGGGCACCCAUGGGAAAACGCCUCUUUCCAGCUCCCCACAUCAAAAACUUGAUUGAAGAAAUGAUUGAAAAUGGCGAGGUGGAAGUGGAUUUGAGCCUGCGGUGGAUCAAUAAGAAAAAGGAAGAACUAUUUCGGGAGCGGUUGGUGAAUGCUGCCAAGGGGGGUGAUUCCAGUGCCAUGGUGUACCUUGGAAACUGCUACGGAGAACCCCGUCAUGGCUUUCCAGAGAACCAGAAGAAAGCAUUCGAGUGGGUGGAAAAGGCCCACAACGCUGGGCAUGUCUUGGGAACAUUUCUGUUUGGAUGUUCCCUUUUGGAGGGUGUGGGAGCUCGUGCCAACGCGGAACAAGGACUGCUCCACACAUUUGAUGCAGCGCAGCGGGGAUGUAAUGUAGCUGCGUUCUUUGUGGGAGCUGCCUACAUGGAAGGCAAGUUUGGAUUGCCUCUAGACCCCCAUCAAGCCAAAAAGUGGCUUCGCAAGGGUUUGUUUUCAUGUUCUGCUUCUGAGAAGACAAAGGGUAUGUACGACUUGAAACUGUCAGAGCAGGUAGACGAACGCAUGGAUUGGGAGCAAGUGUUGGAUGCGCUUCACAAGCUCGGAACUGAUGGCGUGGGAGAAACAAGCUAA